GGAAGCGGCGAGGCGCCGAGGUGCAGCCCGACCGCCGGCCCCGCCAUGCCCUACGCCAACCAGCCCACGGUGCGCAUCACGGAGCUGAGCGACGACAACGUCAAGUUCAUCAUCGAGAACACCGACCUGGCAGUCGCAAAUUCCAUCAGGAGAGUAUUCAUAGCAGAAGUUCCCAUUAUAGCUAUAGACUGGGUUCAGAUUGACGCCAAUUCGUCAGUGCUGCACGAUGAGUUCAUUGCACACAGAUUAGGUCUGAUCCCACUUACCAGCGACGGUGUGGUUGAUAAGCUGCAAUAUUCCAGG